CCUCGCCUCACGUAUACAUGAUCUCACAAUAGGCGCAUCCAUGGCCGUCAAAGAUGACGACGAGGCCACGGACGCGGCGAGUCAAAAGCGACCACGGUGAGUUGCAUGCAUCAGAAAUUGCUCAAUUUUUCGAGCUGACCAGGAGCCCGCAGAAUACUCGACCUUUUCGAACAGGCAAAGAAGGAUGGGCGACCGUUGCAUAUCUGCGCGCCCAUGGUCCGCUACAGCAAACUCCCCUUCCGCCUCCUCAUCCGCUCCUACGACGUCGACGUGACCUACACCCCCAUGAUGCUCGCGCACGAAUUCAACCGCUCCGCCAUCGCCCGGGAUAGCGAUUUUACCACCUGCGAGCUAGAGCGCACCGCCGUCCCUCCUCAACAACCGCGCAUUCUGAUCGCGCAAUUCGCCGCUUCUGAUCCCGUUGAAUUCGCCCGUGCAGCGCAGCUCAUAGCCUCUUGGGUCGACGGCGUGGAUCUCAACUGCGGAUGUCCGCAGUCCUGGGCCAUCAAGGAGGGGAUCGGGUGUUCCCUUAUGGAGGAUCCGGAAUCUGUGGCGGCGAUGGUGAGGGCUGCAAAGCACGUACUAAGUCCCAUGGGCCGAAGCGUGAGUGUGAAGAUUCGCAUUCACAAGGACCUGCAGCGCACUUUGCAGUGGGUGAAAGUCGUAGAAGCCGCUGGGGUGGAUUACAUUACUGUCCAUGGACGCACGCGCUCGCAGCGGAGUAGCACGCCACCUGACUACGAUGCGAUUCGGCAGAUCAAAGCCGCAGCCACAGUUCCCGUAGUCGCGAACGGGGAUGCAUACGCUCGGCAUCAUGUGAAGAAGAUCGCCACCUUAACGGGAGUCGACGGCGUCAUGGCCGCAAGAGGCAUUCUGGAAAACCCGGCGCUGUUCGCUGGCUACGAGACGACUCCGCCGGAAUGCGUGCGUGCGUUUUUGAGGCUCGCGGUGCGGUAUCCUAUCCCGUAUGCUUUGGUCCUGCAUCAUAUGGCGGAUAUGACGAACCGAAUGCCUGACAUGACGAAACGGGAGCGCAAGCGGUUGAUGGAGUGUCAGGAUCUUGUCGAUCUGAUUGAUUUUGUCCAGGAGAAAUGGCCGCGAUGACAUCGGAGGAGCACCUUGGUCAUACUCGGAUCAUCAACCAGGCUGGCGGCUAGCCGUCUUCAGCAAGCACUGGGCACGCAAGUGAGACUACG